AUAGCCGGGUUACACUGCAGCAGCUCACAUUCAUUUAUUGCGCUGUUGUGUAAGUAGACUUCGUACUUUGCAGGAACUGAGUGCAAGGUAAGACGUGGAUCAGGAUAAUAAUUGCUUUCUUAAACCUUUAUUUUUGCCUGUUCACUUCAUCUCGACUGGUAUAUUUAACAACAAUGCAAUUUUUCGUUACAUACUGAACGAAAAUGUUGUUUUGUUUGCAUUUUAAUGCAGCCUUGCUAGUAAAGGAGCUUGCUGGCCUUCUUGAAUCGAACACCGAUCACAUCGAUUCAGGACGUGUUUGUUGAAGGAGCAGGUUUGCGCAGGGUGGCGUUCAAAGAUAAACGGCAGGGCUUUUUUUUACGCCAGCCAAUUAUAACUAUAUUUAUUUACUAUUACUGUAUUCAAACAGCAGUACUCCUCACAUCAGCCACUAUAGACAGGUCUGUCAAAUCAGUGUAUGGGUGCCUCAGUGUUCGUUACAUGACACCGAUUUCUUCGAUUAAGGCUCCUUAGCAUGGAGUAACAGCUAAAGAGUGCCCCACGACAUAUCCCUACUUUUAAAGUCAGUUUAUUGUGUGUUUUUAACAUCCAGUACCUACCAACGGCUGAGCAGAGUGUGCUAUACUGUAAAAGAAUGGAUGGUCAGUCAACUUGACUUUUUCAACAAGACUUUUUUUUCUUCUUCUGAAGUAAAUAAAUGAAAAUGAAAGACCGUCUGGUGUUCUCCUCUCACCGCUCACCAGUCAUCUGCUUAAAUGGCUGCGUUGCCUCCAGUCAGCCUCUUGCAUCUAACAUUGGACUAGACAUCCUAAAGAGAGGCGGCAACGCUGCCGAUGCUGCUGUGGCCGUGGCAGCUGCCUUGAGUGUGACAGAGCCUAUGAGCACUGGCCUCGGUGGAGAUGCUUUCUGCCUCUUCUAUGAUGCUGUUACCAGGCAGGUGCGAGGGCUUAAUGGAAGUGGCAGGAGCCCCACAGCUCAAACCCUGGAGCUGAUGGAGAGGCAUGGUUUCAGUCAGAGUAACCCCCCUCCCACCUUCCAUGCACUCAACGUCACGGUACCUGGAGCUGCGGCAUGUUGGUGUGACACGGUGGCAUUGUUUGGUAGUAAAAAGUUGUCUUUAGCUGACCUCCUGCAGCCAGCAAUAGGUCUGGCUCAGAGGGGGUUCCCUGUGGCCAAAAUUGCAGCAUACCAUUGGGCCAGGGGUACUGAAACCCUGAGAGCAGCUGGGAGGGAACUGGGUGCAGAUUUUCUCAUUAACAACCAGCCGCCCAAACACGGGCAAAUCAUGACCAAUCCCAGCCUCGCAUGUACCCUUCAGGAGCUUGCCCUGCAGGGCAAAGCAGGCUUCUAUGAGGGAAGAAUUGCUGAGGCGGUGGUUGAUGUCGUGAAGGAAAACGGUGGGGUGUUGAGCUUGGAUGACAUGAAGAACCACGUCACUGUUGAGAUCACACCGAUUUAUGCUGAUUAUAAAAUGGUGCGACUUUGGGAGGUUCCUCCAAACAGUCAGGGAAUGGCAGCUCUCAUCGCCCUUAAUAUCCUUGAAAAUUUUCCCAUCAAAGAUAUGGGCCACAUGAGUCCUGACUACCUGCAUGUCCUGGUUGAAGCACUGAAACUGAGCAUGACUGACACCAUGCACUUCAGCUCUGACCCUGACCAGGUGAAAGUGCCUAUAGAGGGGCUUUUGUCCAAGGAUUACGCUCAGCAGCGAGCCCAGUCCAUUCAAAUGAACAAAGCCAACAGUGUGUGUGAGCGUGGGAUUCCCACAGGAAGUGACACGGUGUAUUUCACUGUGGUGGAUCGAGAGGGGAACGCCUGCUCCUUUGUUAACAGCAACUACAUGGGAUUUGGCACUGGCCUUGUCCCCCGAAACUGUGGAUUUUCACUUCAAAACAGAGGUGCUAACUUCUCUCUGGACCCUGAUCAUGUGAACUGUGUAGGUCCUAAGAAAAGGCCCUACCACACUAUAAUCCCAGCCAUGCUUACUGAGGCUUCCUCUGGCCGCCUUCUGUGUUCCUAUGGGGUAAUGGGAGGCUUCAUGCAGCCUCAGGGUCAUGUGCAGGUAUUGCUCAAUAUGUUGGAGUUUGGCAUGAAUCCUCAGGUUGCACUUGAUGCCCCACGUGUGUUUGUACACCUUGACCAGGCUGCACAGAAGUGGCACCUUAAUUUGGAGGAUGGCGUGGAGCAACGAGUGGCUGAAGAUCUCAGAGGUCGGGGCCAUGUGGUCAACUGGCCAAUAGAAGGUCAUGAACGGGCACAGUUUGGACGGGGGCAAGUCAUCAGUGUAGGAACGUGGUGGGACCCAACCAACGAAAAACCAGAAGGGUCAGAGAGGGUACUGUGGGCUGGGUCAGACCCUAGAGCAGAUGGAUGUGCUUUGGGAUAUUAACCAUAUUAAUGAUGUGAUGAAAAGUGCCACAAGUGGAUGGACAUAGAUCCUGUGAUUUAAAUUCUCCUGGAAGGUCUUUAGUUAGAGAAUAGGAAGUCUGGUCUAAAAGAAUCUCUAAUGUCUGAUAUCAGGGUUAAUUUGUCACACACUUUAUCUUCAAAUCCCAAAUGUUUUUAUUGUAAUAAAUUGUUAAUAUUUGGUGGCAUCUGUUGUGGAGAACUGUUUUGAAUCUGGGCCAUUGGAUAAUCCAUUGUUAGAGUUCAGCAGUGAGGCUGGUGCAGUGAACAAUAGCAAUACUGAGUGGUUGCAACAUGCCAUCUCACAUGCUGCUACUUAACGUGGAAGCUUUUUAUGCUUUCUGGGAAUGUUACCAGUCAUGUGUACUAAUAUACACAUGACUGGUUACAUUCAGGAGCCACUAUAUACUACAUGUACAAACUAGUAAGAGCAUCAAUGUUGGAUUGAUCAGUAUUGACUAUUCUAAGUGAUAAUGAUAAUGAAUUUUAACAUUUCUUUCAUAUUUGAUAAAAUAUACAUCAUCGUUUCUUGUUGAGUAUUUCGAGCAUUAAACUGUUCUUCCCAGCUGAACCA